UAUUAUGAGAUCCACAUCGACCGAAACAGCACAAGUCAACAUAAUAGAAGAAGCUCGGCCAACGCCGUUCUUGGAAAUGUACGCGAUAGUGCUGAAGUGCAAAUUCUCUCUGUGAACUCAUAAAGCUUUCUUUGUAGAUUUCAGGACAGACUUUAGUUAGUUAUGAAUCAGAUUUAGAACAUCAAGCUUCGUUUUGUAACUCACGUUUUUCCCAAAUCUUAAUCUGUAGAAUUAUUAAUUAUUUAUCCAAGUGUUGUAAUUCUUAAUUCAAAAUAGAAUAAAUUCUUUUUAAAAACAGACUUUAAGAUACGGAAAACAUAAUUGGCGCUGCGAACAGGAUAUCGCAACGGGGUUUUAGUUCGAAACUGAAAUAAGUGUCCGCUACGGAUUGUGUCCAAGGAACUCCCGUUGAGUUUCAACUCUUGAUGUGAUAUCCAGAACCAUCAUCAACCACCCCUUCAACCCAGAAGGAAGCCAACCACUUCGAUCCAGAAGGAAGCACCACCCCUUCAACCCAGAAGGAAGCCAACCACUUCGAUCCAGAAGGAAGGACCAACCACUAUAGGAUGCAAAUCUUGGUGAUACCAAUGAUCCUCCUGAUACAGACCCAAAUCAACCAGGCCCUUCAGGUCAACAAAAUAAUCAGUAAUGGAUACUUUGAAGAACCCUUAAGUCAGGCCAAAAUUCUUGAUCAUUACCAUAAUUUUCUCUUUUUUAUAAACAUCACGAAUUUACAAAUCAAUUAUGAUCAACUUAAUUACAACUUUAAUGCACUGCAGAAAAAUCGAACUAUUGAUGAAUUAUCUCAUAGAAUUUACCUUCAAUUAAAAUCGAAUUUAGCCCAAAUUGAACAAAUACUACAUAAAUUCAUUAACAAAAAAGUUAAAAGAGGUUUGGCUAAUUUUAUUGGCAAAGGCAUAAAAUUUAUCACAGGAAAUCUAGACGACGAUGAUCUGAAAACUAUUAACGAGAACAUAGAAAGUCUCCAUCAAAUUAAAAACUCUGAAAUUGAAAGAAUUAAUAAAUUAACUUCUUUUGCAAAUCAUUUAACACAAAGGUACUCAGAAGAUUUAGCUUUAUUGAAUGAUAAUAUUCAACAUACUAAAUUACUUUUUCAAAACAUAAAAUCAACGGAACAAUUCAGAAUGACUGUUGAAUAUCAAAUACUUCAAGCAGAAGAUCUAUUGAAUACUUUCUUGAUGCUUGAAAGAACUAUCAGUUUUGCAAUGAAAGGAAUACCAAAUUUAGAACUCAUAAAAAUCGAUGAACUUCUUUUGAUUGGAAAGUAUCUCGAAAAAAUUUAUAAACCACAACAAUUAUCUCCAAUCGAUCACGUUCAUCUCUAUAAAACUAUAGAGUUUGCUAAAAUAUCUGUCAUAGGAACGGAUGAAUCCAUCACCUUUCUCCUCAAAAUUCCUAUUCUCAAACAGAUCACCACAAACUAUUCCCGAGUGUACCCUCUACCUAACCACCAAGAUAUUGCUGUAAUACCUCCGAAAAAGUAUUUGGUCAGAAUCAACUACGAAGAAUACUGGACCAAUGAAGCCUGUAUUUCCACAUUAGGCAGUUCCAUUGUCUUAUGUCUUCAACCACCAGUCAAAGAAGCCUGCAUCCUGUCAUCACCAGACCAGUGUCAAAAAGUGCUCAUCAAAAACAACUAUAAGAUAAUCCAUACACUUCAGAACAAACAGCUUCUCACCCUGUUUAAGAAUACGCAGACAAUACUAGAAGAUUGCCAUGGUAUAAUUAUGAAAAAAUCCAUACAAGGAAUAAACCUGCUACAUUCAGAUUGUACCAUCAUCAUCGACAAUUCAAUAUUUGACAACACUGAACCAAUUUUUGAGAUGAAAUUUGAAAACAUUUCAAAACUCCCAUUGAGUUACGAUUAUAAAAUGGAACUUCAGUUAAAACACUUAAGAGAACCUACAUCAAUCCUGCAAGAAGCUGAGAAACUUCAAAAUCAACCAAUUUAUCUACACCCAAUAACUCAGCUCACGCAUUAUACCAUAAGCGGAAUUUUACUCUGUUUCAUAAUCAUUGGAACAAUCACUGUCAUGAUAAACAGAGUAAGAAUUAGAGACCUGUUAUACAAUCCGAGGAAAAUCAUUCGCAUCGACCUCGAGAACAACCCAGUUGAUCCCACUGAUAACGAGGACGUUAUCUGA